AUGAAGUACAUACAGGAGUGGAAAAGGAGAAGCAGCAAUCAGAUCAACAUGGAAGCUAUUAAUCCAAUGCAUAGGAGGGAGCGUGAUUUUUUGGACAAACUAUUAACUAUUUUUUGCUGGACUACUGGCAGCACCUUCACUAGGAAUGUGGUGCAAGCCCUAUGUAAAAUGAGUAAUUCCAAAUCUGAUGUUGCCCAAAAUAAAAACUAUGACAAGGUUAGUUUGGUCUCAGGUGUGGAAUCUUCAACCUUUCUAAAUGAUGCUGCUGAACCUCCAAACCAUAUUUUUGAGCCUCCUAACACUACUGUUGAGUCUCCAAACCCAACUGUUGAGCCUUCAAACCCUCCUGAUGAACCUAUUGAGCCUUCAAACCCUCUUAACCCUACUUUUGAACUUUCUACUGCUGAUGAACCUUCUUACACUAAUGUUGAACCUUCAACUACUGCUGAAUCUCCUUAUCCUACUGAUGAGCCUUUAUGUAGUGCUAGUCAGCCUUCGAAUCCUACUUGUGAGUCUGAAGUAGAUGAGGAUACAAGUGGAGAUGAUUUAGAGGAUGGAUCUAAUGGGGAUAACGAAGAUAGCAUAGAUAGUGAAGAGGUUUUAGAAAAUAGUGAUGUUCAUGAAGAGUAUAGAGAUUUAAGGGCAAAUAAAAGGCUCCAACUCAAACUGCACAAACAGCUAUCAAUCACAGGCAGAACAAAUAGGGGGAGGGCAAAUGAGAGAAGGAUGAAACAAGAAGCUGAAAUUUGUGGACGGAAAAAUAUGAGAAGGAUGGAACAAGAAGCUGAAAGUAGUGGAAGGGAAAAUAUGAGAAGGAUAGAACAAGAAACAAAAAGUAGUGGAAGGGAAAAUAUGAGAAGUAUGGAACAAGAAACUGAAAAUAGUGGAAGGGGUGGUGGAAAAGGCAUAGGGAAUGGUAGCGAAAUGAGCAGAAGAAGUGGGAUGCAACAACAAAAUCAAUAG